AAAUCAUGGUUAUGCUGAAGAUUUCAUCUUUCCUUGCUGUUUAUGCCUUGGUUGUGUGCCAGAUGGACAGCUUCCAGGCAGCCCCAGUCAGACCUGGCUUGGAGUCCAUAACAGAUCGAGUGACACUCAGUGAUUAUGAAGCUCGGAGGUUAUUAAAUGCACUGGUGAAAGAGUUCAUACAGAUGACAGCAGACGAGCUGGAGCAAGCCUCUGAGGGGAACAGCCUGGAUAGACCUAUUUCCAAACGCUGUGCCAGUCUGAGUACUUGUGUGCUGGGCAAACUGUCUCAAGAAUUGCACAAAUUGCAAACUUACCCUCGCACUGACGUCGGGGCUGGAACUCCUGGCAAGAAGCGAAAUGUGCUGAGUGACCUGGAACACGAACGCUAUGCAAACUAUGGGGAGCCCUAGGAAACAACUAGACAUGCUUAUGUCUCCCCUCCUCCCUUUUUUUAACCUGAUGCAUGUGGAUCUAACUUUGAUUGCUAACUUUGCUAUGUUAUCUUGAGUCUGUUUUCGACAGAGAAUGUUUGAGACAGAUCUAAUGUUAGGAAGAUAGAGCAUACCAGUCUAGGGAAAACAUAAAUAAAAACCCAAUGAACAGCACUGCCUUGACAUUUCAAAUGAUUUUCUUAGACCCUGAUUAA